GAGAGGAGAGGGAGAGGGGGAGAGGAGAGGGAGAGGGAGAGGAGAAAGGGAGAUUUUGUUGAAUUAAAAGGAUACGUCUCAAAAUAAUGGCAAAUCGAGUGAAUUCGUUGACGCCUUUUACAAUCCAAGACAUUCUGACCCGAAGCCACGAGUCCGGGAUCAGUCGAAUUGGUCAGAAAAGCAUCAAAGUGGAAUCCGGAGACAGACCGCGCGGGAGUGCGGGGCCCCGCGGGGAGUCCUCCGGACCUCACACCGACCCCGAGCAGCAGCGCACAGCGGUGCAAAGCACCAGCCCCCGAGCACCGGACACUCACCGGACACACGGGCAGGACAUUGGCACCGACCCCAAAAACACGCACUUGGAAGUUCGGAGUUACACGAGUCAGAACUCGGGUGGAGAUCACAGCACUGGGAAACCUGACACAGAUGCCGAUGGCCAGUGCGGGACAGAGGAGGUCGAGAGGUUGGAAAAAUUAUCCCAGUCCGAGCAGACCGUCAAACCGGGCAAGAAGCGUUCUCGAGCGGCCUUUUCCCACGCUCAGGUGUUCGAGUUGGAGAGACGGUUCAACCACCAGAGGUACCUCUCCGGGCCCGAGAGAGCAGACCUGGCCGCGGCCCUGAAACUCACAGAGACCCAGGUCAAAAUCUGGUUCCAAAACCGUCGGUAUAAAACCAAGAAGAGACAGAUAGCAGCGGAAUUGUCUGUCAUCUCACCACCCAACAUGGCCAAAAAGGUGGCCGUGAGGGUUCUGGUACGGGACAACCAGAGGCAGUACAGUGCGGACGAGAUAUUAAGCCCUCCCUUGCUCUCCCUCUACCAGGCUUAUCAAUACUACCCCUACAUGUACUGCCUGCCAGCCUGGGCUCCCACCUCCAUGUCCCUCUGUGGAGGCUCCCAUUGAUGGCCAAUUGGCCUUAAUGUCAACAGCAGAAAACCUACCAUUGCCUCACCAACCAACUGGAAACGAUUCACCAAGAACUGAGCCACCAACCCCCACCCAAAGGCCAGAACACAACUUGUAUUUAUUUGUUGCUAGGACGUUAAAUUUGGGUGUCAGUGUUAAUUGUCGAGACUUUUUUUUUGUGUGGGGGGGGUGUGGGGUGUUGGGGGGUGGGAUGGGGGGGGGGGAUAGUUUUAACAUCAAACCCAUAUUAUAAUGAGCAAUUUGCAAA